CGCUCCAGGUGCGGCGGUUCGCGGCAACGUCUCGCUCGCGACGGCGCCCGUCGCCCCACACCCGGCAGCAAGAUGUGGCUCCUGGAGCGGCUGCGGGGGGUGGCGGAGAAUGGUGGAUCUCGGGGAGCGGGGCCAGAGGAAUCCCCGCGGGGGUCCCGCUACAGCAACGUCCUCACCCCCGACAAGAUCCCCGACUUCUUCAUCCCGCCCAAGCUGAGCGCGGCGCCCGCUGAGGCCGAGGGCUCCGAACUCCCCGCAGCGGCUGCCCUGGGCCCUUCAGUCUCAGAGCAGGACCUGGCCGGGCGCAAGCCCCCGCGCAGUCCUCGCCCGUCCAGCCGGUCCCGGUCCCGGUCCCGGGCCGCCGGCCGGCACAUCAUCCAGAUAGAGACCGCCGAGGACUGGACGGCCGAGGGGAGCUGCGGCACAAACGUAGACCCGCAGGCACAGACGGCCAUGUCUCUGCCCUAUGUGCCCAAGGCACAGACCUCCUAUGGCUUUGCCACGCUGAUGGAGAGCCCCCACACGAGGCGCAAAGAGUCACUCUUCCACAGCGAGCACAGCAGCCUCUGCCCCUCGCCCGUCACUUCGCCCAGUGCCCAGCGCAGAGCCAAGCUCAACGGCGAGAGCAGCCCCCGGGCACCUGCUGACCUGGGCGCAGCCCUCAUGCACCCUGGCCGCUACUUCAGCGGCGGUGAGAGCGACACGUGCUCCUCAGCCGAAUCCUCGCCCUUUGGCUCCCCACUGCUCUCCCGCUCUGUCUCCCUGCUGAAGCUUUUCAGCCAGGAGAGCCAGUCCAAGGUCAUCAAGCUGAAGCACUCGGUGGCCCGCAACAGCUCACUGUCCACCGACGACAGCUCGGCCGACACCAGCCCCAGUGCUCAGCGUCGUGCCAGGAGUGCCCCGGCUGGGGCGCAGCCACCCACAGCCCUGCUUCCCCUGGACGUGCCACCGGGCCGUGACCGGGAGCACAGCCUGCGGCUGAGCCAGGGUGGGAGCCUGCGCCUGGCUGCUGAGUAUGACCCCUCCAAUGCCCGGCUGCGCGUGCGCCUUGUCUCUGCCGAGGACCUCUACGAUGCCCUCAUCGACCUGCGCAGCAUCAACUGCUGCGUCUCCCUGUGCCUCAACCCUGGGAAGCUGCAGAAGCAGCGCAGCACCAUUGUCAAGAACAGCCGCAACCCCAUCUUCAACGAGGACUUCUUCUUCGAUGGGCUGGGCCCUGGCCAUGCCAGGAAGAUGUCCCUGAAGCUCAAGGUGGUCAACAAGGGCAGCAGCCUUAAGCGGGACACGCUGCUGGGGGAGAAGGAGCUGCCUCUCACCGCCCUCCUGUCCUGCCUGUAGGUGCCUGCUGCCAGCCCUGGAGGGAGCCCAUCCACCUGUGCGGCUGGGGUGAGGGGGGUAGGUUUUCUCUGUCCCCCAACUCUGCUAGAGGAGGGUUUGGAAGGGCCCCCUGAGGAGGGACAGGGCUGUGGUAGAGCACGGGGAUCCCCAGAAUCAAUGCUGCUGUGGGGCUCUGCCAGCACCAGCCCUCCUGUGAAAGGGCAGGCAGGGUUGGCAGCCACAGCCUCUACCCCAGCUCCCUCCCUGCUCCUGCCUGGGGCUGCAUGUCCUGGAGCCCAGCAGGAAGUGGGGAGCCUCUAGUCCAGUCCCCACCAGGAACAAUGGAAACACCUGGUGGCCUCCUUUCUCCCUGUGCCUGUGGUCUCCACCUGGCUGCCAUGUAAGCUGGACUUGGGUAGAUCUCUGUAGCACACUUAUUGCCACCUCCCAGAGCUCCAGCUCCUGGAGUCAGGUGACAGCAUCGAUCUCAGCUUUAAUUUAAAAGACAAGUUUCUAGUCUUGGAAUCUGAAAAGAAAAUACUGCAGAGGUGACCUGAGAAUGGGCCCAAGGCGGUCACCCUGGGGGAAAAGUCAGGUUUGUGGCUUUUGAGCCUUUCCUGGAAUCUUCCUAGCCCUGCAGGACUGCAGAGAUGCACAAGUCAGCUUGGUCUGACACCUGCAUCCUCCUGGGCCACCCUCACUGCCCAUUCCAGCAUUGUC